AUUAAAAAAAAUCAGCUCAUUUGCUCAAGCCUUAAUGGAGAUAUUUAAUUUUUUUCCUUUGGUGCGUGACUUUUGGACCACCCUGUAUAUUUUAGUACCUUUCCAACAUAUAUAAUAUGAACUCCGUGUUAACUCCUCUGUCAUCGAUCACAUUUUAUUCUAGGUGACCUUUUCGCUCCCAGCUGAUUCUCUCUUUCUUUCUGGAAGUUUAUUCUACGAUAUUGUUAAGCAAUUUUGUCAGGAAGAAGCUAUGGAAUUGCUGAAAUUUCAAUUGAUUGAUACAUCAAUGAGCUUACUUGAAGUUGAUGAUGUAUUCUCAAUUUUAUAUUUCGAAUCUGACCAAACCACAAUACUCAAAGAAAGGUUAGCUUUUCCAUACAAAGAUGAAUUUGGUAACGAUUCGUUCUUCGUUAUGCCUGGAGUUCGUUUGAAGCUCAAUAAGUUUAUUCAUGCUCUUCGUCUCCUUCUUCCAUGUGAUUUUACAUCGACAAAUACGAAGUCUUUGAUAAUUUCAUCUGAUCUAGUUCAAGAAUAUCCAUUUUUGAUCGACCUUAUAUAUUGCUGCGAAUCAAACUUGUUAUCUGGUUUUCCGCUCGAUCUCAUCUCAAACAUUUCUAACUUAAGACGGGCGAAAAGCUUAUUUCAUUACAAAAACGCGGUCAAGGAUUUCGCCACAUCUCUUUACAUUAUUGGAGGAAGAAACGCAUAUGAGUUUGUUCGAAUUAAUCUGCUUGGAUCUAUACCUAGUCUACCCAGUCUUCCACCUGGAAUUGCAUCUGAAAAAAUCAGUACACGGAAAGUGAAUUAG